GCUGCAGUGCUGACUGUAUCACCUGGUUUUUCACACACCGCUGAGAAGCCCUGAGUGUUAGACUGGGUGAACUUUGGGUCGCUGGUGCUCGGCGAACGCUAACAGGUGUCACAAAGCUGCCUUCAGUCUAAUGGAGGACUCCAAGCAGCUUUUGGCUGCCAGGUCAGAGGAGAGUCAGCGAAACGGCUGCUGCGGCUUAGAUACAAAGAUGGUGGAGGAUUUCCGACGGAGGCUCAAAUACUUCUUCAUGAAUCCCUGCGAGAAGUACAGAGCCAGGGGUCGGAAACCAUGGAAACUGACGAUACAAAUAUUAAAAAUUUCUGUGAACAUCUACCUAACUCUGAAAAGCAUCAAUCUGCAGACUGUGCGGCACCACGAGCUACCAGACUGUUAUGACUUCCACAUAGUGAUCGUUUUUGACAAUCGUGCACACAGCGGAAAGAUAAAGGUUGAUAUUGAAAAUGAUGUUAGAAUUUAUGAAUGCAGUGACUGGAACGUGGAAGGCACAUCUGGGAAGAACGAUUAUCUCCUGUUGUCGUUUGAUUCUGUGGUCAUCCUCGCCUGUUUCGCCUCUCUCAUCCUCUGCCUACGAUCUGUCGUCCAUGGCAUCCAGCUCCAGUUUGAGUUCAGCAUAUUUUUCAGUGCCUACUACAAUAAAACUGUGUCCUGGUCAGACCGCAUGGAGUUUGUGAAUGGCUGGUACAUCCUCAUUAUUGUCAGUGACAUAAUGACCAUCACUGGAUCAGUGCUGAAAAUUGGAAUACAAACAAAGUUCUUAACAAACUAUGACGUCUGCAGUAUCUUGCUGGGAACAGCCACGAUGCUUGUCUGGGUUGGUGUGAUUCGUUACCUGAGUUUCUUCAAGAAGUACAAUAUCUUAAUCUUAACCUUGAGGGCGGCAUUGCCCAAUGUGUUUCGAUUCUGCGUCUGUGCAGCCAUAAUCUACCUCGGGUACUGUUUCUGUGGCUGGAUCGUCCUUGGACCUUACCACGACAAAUUCAGAACACUGGCUAAAGUGACAGAGUGCCUCUUCUCUCUCCUCAAUGGUGAUGAUAUGUUUUCCACCUUUCUGAGGAUGAGAGACAAAACCUACAUGGUGUGGCUCUUCAGCAGACUCUACCUCUAUUCCUUCAUCUCUAUCUUCAUCUACAUGGUGCUCAGUCUGUUCAUUGCUCUCAUCACUGACACGUACGAAACCAUCAAGCAUCAUCAGAAAGACAAGGAGCCAGUGUCCCAGCUUCAGGCCUUCAUUGCAGAGUGCAUAGAUCAGCCUGAGUCUGGACGAUACCAGAUUACUGACGAGUCGACCUGCUGCAUGUUUUCAAGUGGUUGCUUUGGAUAACAGGGUGUAGUGUCAUCUUUUUGCCAAGUGUGAGCAACGAGUUGCCCUCAUAUGACUGCAAAAUGCCCCACAGGGUCCUGAGAGUCUGUAUAGAGCCUUUGUUAACACUAUUGGGUGAUAGUGAUGGAAUAUCUUCCAACUUAAACAGAUGUACUUUUACUUGAGUUUUGACUUUUUUAGAACUAGUAAAUUAGCAAAGUUCCUAUGUUAAGGACAUGCUGAUAUUAUAUGGCCACAUUAUAAACCAAUGUAACAUCAAUAUCAAGCAUUGCCGUAUAAAUAUGUCAAAUAAUAUUCU